UUUUCAUUCUUGUUGCUUCGGUGGUGUUAUAAGAAAACGAAACAGACGCAAUUCGUUUCUGCACAAUCGAAAUCGUAAAUCAAGAUCAAGGAUUUGAUUUCAUUUUCUCUCUCUAUUUCUUCGAUUCAAGGUUUUUCUUCCAUUUCAAUGUCGUCGAAUUCCUUCAGAGGUGGAUCCUUUUACGGCGACGCUGAUCCUUAUCGAUCAAGAGAGGGACUCACCACCAGAACCGCCGCUGCUCCCUCCGAUGAAAUUCAGUUGCGUAUUGAUCCUGUCAUGGAAUUCGACGAUGAGAUCACCGGUCUUCGUGGUCAAGUUAGAAGAUUGAGAAAUGUUGCUGAAGAGAUAGGUACAGAAGUCAAGACUCAUAAAGAUUUUCUGGAACAGAUGCAAAUGACAAUGGCAAAAGCUCAAGCUGGGGUGAAGAAUAAUUUAAGAAGAUUGAACAAGAGCAUCGUGCGCAAUGGUUCAAAUCAUAUUGUUCAUGUGAUCGCUUUUGCAUUGAUCUGUUUCUUGAUUGUGUAUCUUUGGUCAAAGAUGUCCAGAAAAUAAGGCUUCACAGGGGUCUACUCCUCCAGCAUUGUAGUUGAAAAGAUUUCAUCCAAGUCCUUCUUUCAAUGACUCACAACGAUGCCUAACUUUGUUGUAUAGAGAAACUUUGUAAUAUACUUUGUGUAACAUACUAACAUAUCUUGGAUCGAAGUAGGUUUUUGUGUGAAGAAAAAAGAUAAUAUGGUAUUUAGUAGUUUGCAUGUCACGUUUUCAUUUGGUGUAAAAUUACCAUCAUUUAGAAAGAGGAGAAAGAUUUUUUUAAUAUA